AGUCGGGUAACCGAAUAUGUACGUAUAACGUACGUCGUGUUGCGCGAACGACGUAGCAUUUUUGCAACGUUGUUGUCGAGUACAUUUCGCACAGGCUUCAGCCUGUUUUACUCUGUGGUCGCAUGUGUUGUCGUCGACGAAAUCACGUGAAUCGUGGUGUAUCUGGCGGUUUCGGAGCUUCCGAGCGGUGUGCGUUACGCGAGGCGGAGAUACGGCGGAGCUGCACGGAGCUGGGUGCCGCGAGAAAAAGCGAGCGAGCGAGUUUGCGUACGAGUGAGUGAGAACGAACGAGAAAGGGACAAAGAGGAGAAAUAAGGAAUACGGUGAGAACGAGCGAGCGAUCAAGCGAAAGAGAGGGAGAGGGAGAGGGAGAGAGAGAGAGAGAGAGAGAGAGAGUGAGUGAGAGAGAGAGAACGCGCGCGCGCGCGCGUACUCGCGCUUUUCACCGUUGCGUUCCUGGGAUACGACGCUCGCCGACACUUUCCGACGCUUCCUACAUAUACUGUAUACACACACACACACGCGCACUACGCGCGCGAGUGUGACCGUCGCAUUUAGCCGGCGGUAUUCCUGAAACGAUAAGUGUUGUCUAAAGGUGCGUGUGGAAAGGAAAAUAUUGAAGGCUGAUCGCUCGUCACGCGACUCACGACAACUCACGGGCUUAAGAUGCCCGACGUAGCUGCCGCCAGCAACGUCAGCAUCGAGGCGGUAGCUACACCAUCACGCAGUCGGGUCAUGCAUUUUGGAUUUCUCACGAGCACACCGUGGACCUCUUUGCGCCGAUUAUACUGAUACAUGAGCUUCAUUCUGAACCAGUGUUAUUUUUAUGAUUGUCGCCUGCAGCGAGCAUGCUUGGGAUUCUGGAGGGACACUCGCUCGAGAGACAAUUGCAACGAAACGUUUCGACAGACUUGCAGUAAUAGUUCUGACAACUUCGAGUGUAUUUUGAAAUCUUGCGACUAUUAAUUAUUUAUAAACGAAGAUAUCUGCAUGGUUAUACUUGAUAUAUUCAAUAAUUCUUUCUUCAUUUGAAGAAAAAUAAAUAAUUACUGUUUAGAAGAGAGCGAUUCAGAGCUAUCUGAUGCCGAGUUUCAGCUGCCACAACAUUUGCUUGUAUUACCUGUUUGCAUGUAGUUACAAAGCAUAUCGAUCUUGGGCAAUCGUGCUAAUGUUUCUCUAGAGAAAUAAAUUUUGAAGAAACUCUUGUUAUUGACCAAUGUUGAUUUUAUAAAAGAUUCGAAUGAAAUACUUUGCAAUACAAAAUGUGUGAACAAACAGAAAUCAAUUAUUUGGAUGGAGAUAUCGUUUGGGUUAAAUUGGGAGCUUGCUGGUGGCCUGGUCAAGUCAUCGGGCUGGAUAAUUUACCAGAAGAAAUACAAACUGAAUUUAAAAAGAAGCCAUUAAUAGCUGCUGUAAAAUUUUUUCAAGAAGACACCUAUGAAUUUGUCAAAAACUAUCAACAGAUCUACAAGUACAAUUGUACGCUUAAAGAUGAAUUUAUUAAAAAGGGUAUGGAUAAAUACAGAAUCAAGAGUAAAGAUGGCAGCAGUUAUAUGGACAAAUUCCCAGGUGACGUGGAGAUGGCAGAGAAGUUAACAGGAGGAAAUCCCGAUAUAUUGAAUCAGGAGAAAUUUUGUCCUGAAGAGAAACCGGAUAUCUCAGCUCUGUUUGGUGAGAAGAAAAUUCCAAAGAAAAAACGCGAUCGCGAGGAAGGACAUAGGCGGAGCGAUGGUUCAGAGAUCAUGAGGAAGAUCACACAUCCACGUUUUUUACGUGGAGAGAGUGAUCACGAGGUCCGUAUUCGUCAGCAACCCAAUAGUUUACCGUCGACUCCGACUAAUGCAGGUUCCCCAGUAUAUCGUUGUCAUUUUUGUAAUUUUACUUCUUCGCGUGUUAACGUCAUAAUUUGUCACAUAAAGAGUCACCGGUCCGAUGACUCGCCAAUGCCACGAUCGAAGGUGAAAACGUACUCUCAGUCGCACGGUAGGAUUUCUGAUACAAGCACACCAAAACGAAAAUACGUGAAGAAAGAUAAAGGUCCAUCAAGUAAAAAGAAGACGGAGAAUAGGCAGGAAUCAGUUAAACGGAAGCACUCGAAACAGGCCGAGAAAUCCAAUAAGAAAAAGAAGAGCGAUCCGGAAUUACGGGAAAAAUUGUUGGCCGACUGGGAUGACGAAUCAGAUGAAGAAAUGAAUGCUGAUACAAAUAAUUCCCUAAAUAAUAGGUUAAGUACUGAUUCUUCACCCACAAAGAAUCAGUCAACUUUCGACGAUGGCAAGGAGCACAAGAGUACUGCAACUGUGGAGAAUAAUGAAAUUCUAGAAGAAACAGAGAAACUACUUAAGGAAACCGAACAGUUAGCUUCGAUACGCAUGAUGCAGGGUUCAUUGGAUAGUUUGCACGCUUCUAGGAAUAUCCAAUUUAGUUUUGAUAAAAAAUCAGAUUUUGAAGAUUCUGAAAAGGAUACCAAUACUAUUGAUAAAUCUAAUGAAACGUUAAACAAGUCCCAAAAGAGGAGGGAUACUUCAAGUUCUGAUAGUGAGAGCAAACAUGCUUCCGAUAAAGAUGACAAAAAAUCACGACUAUCGUGCUUUGAUUUCGAUGAAGAUGAUUUGAGCGAACCUUCUAUACCGCCUGUACGAAAGAUUCCUCGAGUUUUCGGCGAGAAGAAUUUAUCUUUGAAGAAAGAAAUUAUCAAAGAAUUUGAAAUGAGUCAAGCUUUGAAAAAUGAAAUUAGGAAAGAAGCCGACAAAAUAUCUGAAUUGGGUAAAAAUAUGGAAUUAAAAGCUGACGAAAUAAUAGAAAUAAUACAAGGUAGAGACUAUCGACAAGACAAUGAAGCCAAAGUAUAUGAAAAGCUCAAUGAGAGUGUACAAGGUAAUACAAAAUUGAAACAAUUUGAUGAAGAUACAAACGAAGAAGAAGAAAAAACUAAGCAAUCCGAAGAUGAUCAACACAAGUCUAAUAUUAACACUUGCGAAACGGAGGUGAAGAUUGUGGAUAUAAUUCAAGUUGAGAGAAGAGAUGAUGACAAUGAUCAUUCUUCGAAUAUAAAGGAUGUUGAAAAGACUGCGUCUAAAAUUGCGCCCGAUGUAAAGAGGGACAAAAUGUCAGUAAAGGACGAAGUCGAUAUCAAGUCUAAUGAUAAAAAUUUACCUCAAUCUGAAAAAACUGACUCGGAGGAUGUGAUUGCCGAAUCUAAUGACAACGCUUCGAUGAAAGAAGCAGACGAUACUUUGUCGGAACGAUUUACGACAGAAACAGAGGAUGAGACUGUAUCCGAAUCUGCAGAGACUGUGCCGGAACAAAGUGAAAAUUCAGAUACUGAUAUGUUAGAUCAAAGUGUUGAUAGUCUCUCGGAAAACCGUAUUGAACAAACAUUAGUUAAAAGAGGAAGAGGCCGACCACGUAAGAACGCGAAAUCGACUAGUGAGAGUACCAGUGCGAACAAAACUCCAAAGACGAAAGCUAACAGAGGCAGCAAGAGAAUUCGUGUGAGCGAAAGGAUUGAAAUUGAACGAAAGACUUCAGAUUCCGAUACAGAUCGUUCGUAUAGCGGUAGAAGACGCAAACCGAACAAGAAAUACCUGGCAUCUGGUAUAUACAUUCAAGAGCCUGAUUAUAAAGCGUUCAGGACUGACGAGAGUCAAUCUGAAAGUGAGUCUAAAACUUCUGAAAGAGUCACAAGCAAAUCUAGAAGAGGCAGACGUUCUAAAGAAGUUGACAAGAGGAGUAAUGAACUCGUUACUCAAAUGGAUAAGCAAGAAAUAGAAGUAUCCGAUCAAACGCCAACUGUUGCUGAAAAUAAUGUCAACAUCUUAUCGAUCGAUAUAAAAAACAAAGCAUCUGAGAACAAAAAGGAGGCUUUUUCCGAAAAAGAAGAAGAAGAAAGCAAAUCUAUAGAAAUGAAAUAUGACUUACUCGAGGAACAAGUAAAAUCUUUGGACGAAGUAGCUGAAAAAGUUGACAUAGAUGUAUAUUCGGAAAAUGUAGAGAUGACAUUAUCAUUUCAAAAGUCAGAAGCAAUACAUAAAAUGGAAAAAGGACUCGAUGUAGACGAAGCUGUGAAGGAAUCAUCUGAAAUGGAGAAGAAAGAAGGAUCGUCAAAACAAACUAAAGAAAUCGAAGACUUUAAAGAUUACGAAAAGCCAUCGAUCGUAGAGCAAACUGAAAAUGCUGAUAAAGUUGAAAUACAACAAGAUGCCCUGAAAACCAACGUAGAUAUGUUGCCACCGAAGAAAUCCCAAAUUAAAAAAUUUGAAUUGUCACAGAUAGAUUUUUUUGACGCAGAUAUUCAAACUAAUAAAAGAGCGGAGCCUGAGUCCAAGUCUGAACUUGAGUCUGAAUGUAAAGUCGAAUCUGAACCCAAGAUUGAACUCAAGCCUCAAUCUGAAUCUCAAAGUAAUAUUGAUGAAAAAGUUAACGAAGAUGAAAGAGAAGCGACGACGAGCAAAGUAGCAGACGAUAUUGGUAAAUUUUUGAACAUCGAAAAUGAACAACGAGGAGAUCUAAAAAGUUUCGAGCCGCAGAAAAAUACAGAUAAAUCAGAUGUAAAAGAACAAGAGAUGCAAUUGAUGGAGGAAGUAUCGCAGAAGAUGCAGGAUGUCAAUCAGUUUAAAUUGAAGUCACCUAAAGCAGAUGCUGCGAGAAAUACACCAAAGAGUCCAACGAAAACGUUAAUCGAACAACAAUUGACACCCAAGAGAUCCUCAAUGCAAACGAGAUACAAAGGUAAAUUUACUCCAGAAACGGGUAAAGGAAGAAAAGACAAGGACUUGUUCUUGGAGGAAAAAUCGACUAAUAUAUUCCAGGAGGCUUUCCUAAAGACUUUACAAAUGGAUAAAAAGAAGAUAGUUGAAAACACUGACGUACUAUCCAAGGAGAAAAAGGAGAACAAGACCGCUAAGAGAAAAAGUGAAGGAAUCGAUGUCAAUAUCGUUACUGUAUCUGCGCAAAGUAAACAAAUUGACAAUUUUAACAAAGAUUCAGAAAUACCUGCAGAUAUUCGAACUGGAGAAAACGUAUCUAUUGCGAGUGAUCUUGAAAAUGUCGAAAUGGUUAUUGAAGAAAAUGUUGAGAUCGAUACCAAAAUUGGAGACGCUGUCCUCGAAACAACUGACGAUCAACUUGAAUCGAUGUCCAGCGAAUCUGUUGUCACAUCCAAAUCGUUACUUCAGUCGGAAACACUUCCCGUUUCUGAAAAUAAUAGUAUGAGUACCAAUGUCAAAAAAUUGGAUGAAAUCCCGAAGAUGUCCAUAGCCACGACAUCUUUAUCGUCCGAUAUCAGUGUACCAGUAAAAAAGCGCGAGAUGCCACGGAUAAUAGAGAGCGUAACGUUGACUGAACCAGUGCAAAUUCUGAAGACAAAGUUACUCGAUAAAGUUCCGCCACAGAAAGGUGUGAAGCACAAAUUGGAAGCAGAUGCUACGAAGAAAAAUGAUCAAAGAAGCGGUCCCAAAGCAAAGAUAAUUAAAAUAGAAACAUUGCCAUCGAACAGUAAGGUAAAAACUGCUAUAAAGUCCAGUUCGCACAUGUGUCUGACUAAAAAGCUUCAAGUAUUAAAGACAGAGGAAACAGAUGCGCUUUUGGAGGCACAGAAUAAAGAACAAGGCGAAGCUACGUUGCAAACUAUCAUGACUGCGCCGGUAACAGAGAAAUACAUACAACAGAGUGCUCAAAGUCUCGCGGACAUGGAACUAGACAUCAACUCAAUGCCAUUUGUUUUAAGCGAAGACGUGUUAACGCCAGAGAGUAUAGAACAGAUGCCCGUUGUUAUAUCUUCCAUUAUACCAGCUUCCAGCUCGAUCCCGACCACGCUCUCCUUUACUCCGACCACGCGGAUAGUAUCGCCCACUCAGCAAACUCAAUUCAAGAUCGCGAAAGAGACUACCGCAGUGGAAAUGUCGCCGACAAAGAAAAAGAGCGGUGUACCAGCGAUAUUGAAGACCAAGAGCAAAGCAAAACCAACCGUUUCGAAUGUUAAAUCAUUGGUACCGCCGCUCACCGGUGGGGUGAAAGGUUUGAAAUUUCAAAGCGCUCAACCGACUAGUAAAACGCCAACCCUCUUGACGCAGAAAGGUACUACUCCAGGAAAAUAUGUCGUCGUGCAAACCGCGGGUGGCCAACAACUGCGUUACAGUGUUCAAGGUAAGUCUGGCACUCAACAGAAAGUUGCCAUUUCAACUAGUGGCAAAGCGGCAGGCAACGCACAAGUGAUUCAACAAGGUGGAAAAGUCGUUAUAUUGACGUCAGGACAGUCUUGCCAGACCAAGAUGGUGCCGCUGAACAUUUCCAAGACUCUGAGUGCCAAAGUACAGAAGAUCAUGACGAGCAAGGGUCAUCUGCUGUGUCCGAUUAAUCCACAAGGUGGUAUAAUCGCUACCAAGACUGUCAUUGCGCCAAAGGCUGAUACUAUCGCUGCUGCUGGCUCGCCUACCACAUCUAAAUUGGCUACCAGUGGUCAUAAGAUCAUCAAUACGCAGAGCAUAAUCACAUCUAAGGGCGUACUUACUCCGAUUUCAGGUACUAUCGGUAAAACAGCGUUAUUAGGUACGUUAUCCCAGGGAAUCAUCACCAAGGACGGCAUUUAUACCCCGAUCAGCGCUUCGUCUUUGAGCGGGAAAACCAUCAUCGGUUCGAAGACUCUAGUUACCAAAGGUGGCACGACUCUUUUGAGUCCUCAAGCUCAAGGUCUAAGUGGCACGAAAGCGAUCUUGGCGCCGGUGUCUCAAACCAUCACCGGUAAAACCAUAUUAGGCACGCAAGCUGUCGUCAGUAACAAAGGCACCAUUCUAACGCCAAUAACCGGACAGCAGGUUAAAGCCAUCGCUGCUAAGAGUCCGGUUAAAGGCGGUAAGGUGCAAUAUCAGUUACAGCAAAAGGUACAGCUACCGAUACUGCAAAAGUCUUCAAAAGUGCCGACAAAGAUGUCGGCUUCACAAACAAAGGCGUCGCUAUCUUCGAAAUCACCAUCGAGCAGUACGUUGAUUCUCCAAAGUACCGCUAGCACUGGUAUGAUAUCUCAGAAAAGUAUGUCGCAUGGUAAGAAGAUUAUUAAGCAAACGAUGGUGCAACCUGGUACUACCAUUCAAGGCGUCGUUUCGCCGAGUGAUACGCAACAAAUGGUAACAAUGGUGCCACAAAUGCAACCGAAGGGCAAAGCUGCCGUGUCGCCAACCGUACAAAAAGUCAUUAUUCCUCGAACUAGCAGUCGCCAGUUGAAAACUCAAAAGAUCGUCGUCCAAAAAAUGCAAGAUUCGGCUGUGCCAACGAUGCAAAGCGCUCAAACGAAACAAACGGUCGUCGCGUCUACCACGACGAUCGUCACCAACAGCACUAGCACCAUGACGACCACCGUUGCAAUUUCGCCGAUCGCCAAAACGGUCGCCCAUUCGAGACAGACAGCUCCCACAAUUUCCAAGUCCUCUGUCAAAGGAUCUCAGACCUCAAGUAAGGCGCAAAAACAUCUGUUGACCACCACCACCACCACCACCACCACUACCAACACGUCGAACAUAAAUGUCACCGUGACUAGUAGUACCGCUACAUUAUCCUCGCUAGAAUCAGAGAAGAAGGCAAAAACGGAUCUUCAGCUUAUCCUGGAUGCUCCUCAGAAAGAGCAAGGUAAAGUCGAGAAACUUCAAACUGAAAAUACGGAAAAAGUAGGUGAAACAAAGGUAGCUGCCCAGCCUCAGAUUAUGGCUCUACCGACAGAAAGCAGCGAUGGCACGCAAACUUAUGUAUUGGUGACGAUAGAUGAACAAGGACAGAUACAACCACUCGAUAACAAUACUCUUAUGUCAUUAGAAGGAACUACGCAGAAUCCUGACGGCACGAGAACCUUGUACAUAGAUCCCAGUUCUCUGGGGGAGGUCGGAGCUCUAGACAACAUUGUUCUUCAAUUCGACAAUAGUGUCUUACCGAACAUUCAAACCAGCAGCGUGACAGAGACUAGUCAAACGGCGAUCGUGAGUGAUAGUUUUCCCUCGUCAAAGGUGAUACAAACGUCCAAUCAGGACAUCCUGGCGGCUGCUCUCGCUAAUACUGAUUUUCAGCAGGAGAUCAGUUUGCCAGAAAAUCAAGCAGGUAGCGUCAUGACCCAAACUGGUUUGACUCAGACGAGUCUUAUCAAUCAGACGAUACUGCAGUCGACCAUCAUACCGCCUACAGAACCAAUAUCCUCGCCCUCGGUGCUCGAGACUUCGUUAACUCUAAAUCAACCGAUUAUGACGCCACUCGAAGUACCGAGCAAUAUACCGAUUCAGUCAACGGAUCCGACUACCACAUCGGUCGUCUCCACUAUUCCAUCUUCCCUCGAACUACCAAUCACCAUUACGAAUCCCAGCAUCUCCUACAUAUCCGCCACAGGAGAGACACAGAUUCAUAUCCCUGGUAACUCGAUGCCAGACAUCGGGGAGAUUAUGGAAUGUCCGGCGACGAUAGCGAGCGAAGAGAUAGCUCACACUGAGAUUCCCGCAAGUACUCAAUACUUGGUGAUAUCAAAUCUGGAGGAUAAUAUCGCGACUACAGAGACGCGGAAUGUGCAGAGCGCUGAGAUCGCGAUUACACCGUCAACCUCGUACACGGUCGCAAUGCCGAACAAUGUCCUGGAGAACGCGCAAGUACAAACUACUCCGUCAAUGCCGAUCAUUGACGAUACGUACGCGGACAAUUCGCAAUUAACUACAACGAUCGUCGCUGAGCAAACGUUCGUGGAAGUGCCAGUAUCGGAGAUGUUGGUCUCCAAGGUGCCGGAAAAUCAAGUUUCAGUCUCUCCUCAAAAACUGAUUAUGUCGACCAAUAAGAAUUUGGACGAGAAACAGUCUCCGACGUUGCAGGGUGUUUAUUCUUCUCAGGAAGUUUCUAACACAUCUGAAGAAUUGAUUCUACAGCAAUCAAAAGCUAACGAAGAUACAGCUUCGAGUACAAUGGAAGGUGUGCAAGAAAUGGAAAACAAAGAAAACGAUACGUCGAUUACCGGUUUAUCGACAAUAGACGAAACCACCUUGAUUACGUCCGAAUCUAAUUCGCAGAUAGAAUCCGUAGAACAACUGACCUACGAAGUGACGGACUCGAGCGAACAUAAAACUGCGAGCGAGUCGCACGAGACGAUAGAUAAGUUGAAACAGCUAACGGUUUCCGAAGACUCUAGCAAUAAAGCUAAGCCGGUAGACCAGCAAGCAGCAGGUACGUCAAAUCAAAAGGAAGCCCAUAGAACAGCUUCGCGAGUUUUAUCAGCCGAAUCAUUAAAUCCUUCGAAUGAAGCAACUAUGGAAUUGGAUGAAGCAGUCGAACCGGAUCUAUUCGCCGGAAGCACGAUUGACACGAAGAAAAGUAUAAAGGAUUGUCAAAGGGACGAGCCAUCGUCGCAGGAAGAAUCGGACAGACGUCGUUUGCGACAGAGCAUGGAACUACGUUUUGAGGAAGAAGAAGAGGAGGAGGUAAUCGCGGAAGCUAGUCAAGAAACGCCUUCGCAGUCUCAGUACGAGCAGUUCAACGUGUCUGUUAGCAGCGAUUCCACCGAUCUACCUAGUCAAUCUGCCUCCAAGUUGGAGAGCUCCUCAGGCGAAGCCACGCAGUCGAUCGCGUUCGAACCGAUGGAGAUGGACGAGGAGACUGUCGUGGCGGAACCACCGUCACAAUCAUUUGAACAUACAAAGAUCAAUGAGGCGUCCCAGUCUUAUGAAGCUUUGGCGGAAUCCAAUAUAAACGCGCCAACGCAGUCCUUCAAUGAGAUUGUGCAAAGUCAGGUGGAGCGACCGAGUGUCGACGAGGCGAUCGACGAUCAGAGCUUCCCUACGCAAAGUUACGAAGUCGACAAAGGUGAGAGUGUGGCGGAGAAUCUGGAAAUCGAUGCGGAGAUCAGUCAGGAGGGCAAUAUACCGUCACAGUCGAAUGACGUCGGUGUUGAUGGUAUAGGCACAUCAUCGGUGUCGACAAAUAAUUCCGGAUUGAACGAGGACGAAACAGCAAGCUCGUCUUACGUACCGGAGACACCCGAGAAUCAGGAGCGUGAUCAAGAUCAGGAGAGUGCGAUAAGCACGUCAUCAUAUGAAAUACCGCCAUGCGAAGAGCUCAACAUCGCCUCGUCCAGCGUGAUACCGGACACGUCGGUCAACGCGGAGCAUCCUAACAUCCAUGAUAACGGUGUGCCGGAGAUCCCGACCUCUUCGUCGUAUAAUCUGAAUCCUGAUAUCACGUCGACCCAUCAUGUGGAUUCUGUGCCUACUUCCAGCUACGAGGACCAAGUGAUUGUCGAGCAAAACGUCUCGACGUCGUACGAAGUGCCGAUUUCGAUGCCCGGCCUGGAGGAGACCUGUUCGCAAAACUUUGUCACGGAGAGCAGCGAUCAUCACCGGAACGAACCAUCGAGCUAUUACGCUCAUCACCAGGAAGUAACGGCGAGUUACUAUGAGUCUGUAGAUCAGGAUGCGAAUUCUCGACUGGAAGAGGAUCCGCACGAGGAGCAUGUCACACCCGGUGGCUAUUACGAGGGCAAUCCACAGGAGGUGAGUCAAAGCUACUUUGCCCCGACCGAAGAGACGCCCAAUUACACCAGUCAUAGUAUCUCGCCCGGCUAUUACGAUCCCAGUAGACCCGAAAGCGAGGCGAGCCAAAGUUACUAUUCUACGGACGAUCUGGAAGGGAAGACGGAACAGUCGUCUUCGUCGCCAAACAUUGAGGCGUCGCAAAGCUUCUAUCAGGAGAGAUCGAGCGAACUGAAACUGAGACAGCAGGGUGAGGCCACCCCAACGUAUCCCGAAAAAUAUCCGGUGGACUACACUUUAGAAAAUUCGCCGGUUGAGAAACAUGAUCUUGUGGAAAGCUCGGUGCCAGCCACUAGGCCUAUGGACAGGUAAUAUACCGUGGGAGGCAGUGGUAACAAUACAAAUUUUCACUUGAAAUAGACUAUCGGUGGACUGUCGCGUACACAGAAGCGUACCACAUAUGAACUCUUGAAUCUAUUUUUAAAUGUAAAUAUAACGCGUUAAUUAUAAUAUUAAGUAAGUGCUUAGACUUAGACUAAAUUGAACUUUGGCGUUAGAUUUUAUUGUACUAGGCUUCUAAACGUACAGACGAAUGCACUUGUAUGCGAACGCAUGUGCAUACGUGUAUUUUGAAACAAAAAAGGAAACAGAAGAUAAAAGAAUUUACUCCGAAUGUAAUCCGUGGAUCUUAGGAUUCGAUAUUACACAGUUUCAUUAUUGCAUUAAAAUGUUGUUGUGGUCUUGAUUUUAUCGUCAUCGACAUUUUAUAUGAAGAAAAAAGAAGGAAUGUCCGUACAAUCGCUAGAGUAAAUGAAGAAAAGCAAGCUAUUUAGAUAUAUAAAAGAUACAUUAUUAUUCUUUCUUUGUAGUAUCAUAAAGAUUUAUGUCAGCUGAACGGUUCUCGAUUUCCGUCACGUUAUUUCUCUAUAUCUACGGUGGAGUAAUAGUGAUAAUCGCAGUGAUAAUCGCACGAUGAAGAUUUCUUUUAUCAUGCCAAGAUAAAAAGCAUGAUGAUUGAUAGUCAAACCAAUACGAUUGCAA